AUGACAGACAGGGGCAAAUGCCAAUACCCGGAUGAUGUGGACGUCAUCCGGGAACGUGAAUAUCCCUUGCUCAAAGACACGACAUAUCUUGACCAUGCAGGUACUACACUCUACGCCAAAUCCCUGAUUGAAUCGUUCUCCCGAGACCUCACGUCGAACCUCUACGGGAACCCCCAUUCCAUGUCCGCACCCUCACAGCUAUCGACCCAGCGCGUGGAUGAUAUUCGUCUACGGGCCCUUCGUUUCUUCAGUGCUGAUCCGGAAGAAUUCGAUCUUGUCUUCGUGGCGAAUGCUACGGCCGCAAUCAAGCUGGUUGCCGAUUCUUUCCGCGAGUCAACACCGCAGGGAUUCUGGUAUGGAUACCAUGUGGAUUCACAUACGAGCUUGGUCGGGGCGCGUGAGCUUGCAGGUAUCGGGAGCAGGUGCUUCGUGACGGACGCAGAAGUCGAGAGCUGGAUCUCUCAAUUAGAUACAGAACCGGUGCAAGGUCCCCGACUUUUUGCGUACCCUGCGCAAUCGAAUAUGAACGGCCAGCGGUUUCCUCGUGGAUGGUGCGGCAGGAUACGGGAGUCAGCCAAGGACACUUACACGCUUCUUGAUGUCGCAUCGCUUGUGUCGACAUCCCCUUUCGACCUCAGUGAUGCUUCCGCUGCGCCUGACUUUGCCGUUCUCAGCUUCUACAAAAUCUUCGGGUUCCCGGACCUUGGUGCGUUGAUUGUUCGCAAGAGUGCUGGCCACAUCUUCGACAAGCGGAAGUUUUUCGGUGGAGGAACGGUAGAUAUGGUUCUAACACAGGGAACCCAAUGGCAUGCGAAGAAGCAAUCUUCAAUUCAUGAACGACUCGAAGACGGAACGCUUCCGUUUCAUAAUAUCAUCGCAUUGGGCUCUGCAUUUGAUACACAUGAGCGCCUUUUUGGAUCUAUGGAUAAUAUUUCUUCACACACCCGCUUCCUAGCGAAGCGACUAUACGAUCGCAUGACUACAUUGAGACAUUACAAUGGGGAGAGUGUGUGCCAUGUAUACAGACCAUCACACUCUGACUAUACCGAUACUUCCACGCAAGGACCAAUUUUGGCGUUCAACCUGCGAAGCAGUCAAGGUGCCUGGAUUGGCAAAUCCGAAGUGGAGAAAAUGGCCAGCGUUAGGAACAUACAAAUCAGAUCUGGAACGCUCUGCAACCCGGGAGGCACGGCGGCCAGCCUUAACUGGUCUGGAGCAGACAUGCUUCGGCAUUUUGGAGCAGGCAUGCGUUGUGGUGAUGACCAUGAUAUCAUGGACGGGCGACCUACUGGGAUACUGAGAGCAAGCCUUGGCGCGAUGAGCAACUUGACUGAUAUAGACACUUUUAUGGGUUUUAUCGAGGAGUUCUACGUCGAGAAAAGCCCAAAUGUGUGUGCGUUGGUGCCACCACUGGAAGCCAACCUUACUCACCGGUCUGGUUUCCAUGUUGAGAGCCUGUCCGUGUAUCCCAUAAAGAGUUGUGGUGCAUUUAAAGUACCUGACGGAAAGCGCUGGGAAAUUCGACGAGAAGGUCUGGCAUGGGAUCGCGAAUGGUGCUUGAUCCACCAAGGCACAGGUACAGCUCUCAAUCAAAAGAGGUAUCCUCGUAUGGCUCUGAUACGGCCAUUUAUCGAUCUCAGUCAUGGUGUCUUGCGCGUUACCUGCGGGUCUAUACAUUCUCCAAGUCAGAAAACGCUUGAAAUCCCUCUGGACCGCGAGAAUAGCAACCUUACAACCACCUCAUUAUGCCAGAAUAGCUCGAAACCUUCUACUGUUUGCGGAGACCAGGUUAUUGUGCAAGCAUAUUCAUCUCCCACGGUGUCCGCAUUCUUCUCCGACUUUCUUGGUGUGCCCUGUACACUUGCGAGAUUUCCGCCUCAAUCCUCCACCAGACUUGCCGAACCCAGACGUGGCCUCGGCAGCAGAAAAUCACCACUUCGACCAGCUAUGCCAGGCGCAUUCCCUCAAGAUACCCCGACCCCUGAGGCAGAACGAAAUCCCAUCUUACUAUCCAACGAGAGUCCAAUUUUGCUCAUCUCCCGCUCAUCCGUGAACCGUCUUAACGAAACCAUCAAAAGCAGUCCUACAACCACAAAUAGUACUGGACGCAAGAAAGCCGUAGCUGCCGAUGUAUUCCGUGCGAACAUCGUCGUUGCAGAGGAUUUCCCACAGCCGGUGAGCGCAGGGCGACCGUAUAUAGAAGACCAUUGGGAGAGUCUGCGCAUCGGGCCCGACAAUCUUCAUUUCAACGUGCUUGGAUCUUGUCAGCGGUGCCAGAUGGUCUGCGUCGAUCAGCUUACUGGCGUGCGUGGCGAGGAACCAUAUUCGACGUUAGCAAAAACGAGGAAGAGUGGGAACAAGAUUUACUUUGGGCGACAUUUGGCGAUUUCUUCUAAUGGCGAUGGGAAUAGCGUUAAUUCAAGGACAGUAAUGGUGGGGGAUGUUGUCACUCCGUCUUACUAUGGGCCAUGA